AUGGACGGUACUCCGCAAAAGUACCGCCCAUUGGUCAUUGCCUUAGAUCAUCUGGAGGUUGUUGCUCAUGGCGGUCGUAUAGUCCCAGUCACGGAUGAAACCUGGGGAGAAUGGAUGGAAUGGACACAAUGCUCCCAAACCUGUGGAACUGGUCGAAGAAAAAGAAAUGUACUGGUCUCCUUGGACAACAUGGACGCCCUGCUCCGUUACAUGCGGAGACGGUGGGGUGCAGUCAAGGCGGCGCACCUGUCUCCGGUCUUUCUUAUUCCAGUAAGAACUUCUUCCGUUCAGUGUGAGGGCGAACCGUCACAAACGCGAGCAUGCUCGGCCGAGUCCCAAGAUGGUCCGAAUGGUCGUCGUGGUCAUCGUGCUCAUGCUUCACCCUCAUGGAAAGCAGACGACGGUUCUGCCAAGUUUCGGAUCCGGCCGUUCAAGGCUUUUGCACGGGGGCCAUACUCGAUCAACGGCAAUGUUCAGCAAGGUCGUGUGCUCCUUCCCCUGGUGGAUGGUCGUCAUGGUCAGAGUGGUCUCUAUGUUCGAAAGAUUGUCAGGGAACUGGCCAUCAAAUUCGUAAUCGGAUGUGCUCCGAACCACUUCCAUCUAACAGAGGGUCGUACUGUGUCGGCUACUCAUUCGAUCAGCGCCCAUGCACAUCGUCAACACCUUGUGGCCCUCGAGUUGAUGGCGGCUGGAGCGAAUGGACCGAAUGGAGCGAUUGUGGUGAUUCCUGCGUGA